AUGGAGAAUGUUCAACUAGAUAAGCUUAGUUACAAUUUCAAAAUAAAGGAUGUUACGGAUAUAAGGGACAUAAACUUGCAAGCAAAAGAAAACAACAUUGAGUUGUUUCAUGACAAAAUUUUAUUAAAUGAAGAAAAGAAUUAUUUAAAGAGAACUGGUUUAAUUUAUGGUACGCAGGAAGUGUUUAAAAAUAUAAUGGAUAGAGAAAUUGUAGCCUUGUCAAGAAGAUUACCCGGAAUAAAAAGCAGUUUACUAUCCUUAGACAUUCUUAGAAAUUCCAUCGAUAGAAUAGAAUCACACGAAUAUAUGGAAAAUUUAUCCCGUUAUUCAUUGGAACCGCUGAGUGAAAUCAUUGAACGCAAAAUGAAUAUUUGA